UUCCCUGGUGUAUUGUGUUGUGAUAUUUGUUAUUGCCAAUACACUACCUACUGACUUUCGCUCCAUCGUACGCAUGUCCAAUCCACUCGAACGGUUAAAGCAAAAGUUUAAGGCCCGUGUAGAAAAGGAGGAAGUCUCUGCCACCGCAAGCAUUGAUCUCCAGCCGGCUGACUCUUCUAUCCUCCCCGACCUCAGUAUCAUAGUCGAGAAACUCGAUCCGUCCAAACCCAUUGACCAGUCGCAACGUGCGCAGAGUAUCACUGAGCUUGCCGAUGCAGUGCAAAAAUUUAAUCUGUCCUCAGAAAUUGAAGACUUGUGGCAGCUUGUUGUACCAUUCACCAAAAUUUCAAACUCGGAGGCAGUCCGACAUGGGGCUUUAGGUUUUGCACGCGCCUGCGUCUUGUCGAACACGAGUUACAGUGACCUCUUCCGUGCAUCGCUUUUCAAAACGGUGGUGAGUGAGGAAUGGGGCAGUGAACAUCUUGGAGUACGAAUUCAGACGUUGCGCGACUUGGCAAAAGAUGGUCGCGAUUUGCGGGAACUGGAGCUGGACGUAGGACAAAAGUUAUGCGAAUGGACCACGCAGUUUGCGGAUUUUAACUUGGAGGCCAAGGUAGGAGCAUCUGUGCCAACUACAGUUGCGUCCGCACCCGCUAGUGAUCAUAUGACGCCAGACAUUGCUUCAACGCGACAACUGCUUGCCCUUAUCACCAAUGUGAUGAAGUUCUCCUUCUUAUCUCUUCGCGAAUCGCAUGUCGCGCAUUUGGUGGUAACCGCAUGCUCUAUGGCGUCCCGCACUACAGCGAUUGAGCUCGUUCACGACGUGCUACUGUUAUUGGACGGCGUAGUGCGAUAUGGCUCUGUUCCCAUGGCCGCCUUGCGGCCAGUGAUUGAGAUGCUGUCAUAUACAGUCAACCUGGCUGCAUACACGCAAGAAAGCUGGCAAGUAAUGCGAAAUCUGCUUAAAUCACAUAGAGCGCGACACGCGAUGGAUCACCUUUGCCGCAUCAUUGACGGAAUCUCAUCAAGUGAGCAAGCUCUCCAACUCCGGGGAGCCGUCUUUAUGGUCGCCAUGGCUAGCUGGGGUGCACAGCGAGUGAAAAAUCUCUCAUACCCAUACAUGUACCUGUUGCCGUACUUGCGACGAGCGACACGCUUAGGUGAUAAGGACGUUAAUACUGAAGUGCUCCUAUCAAUUCAGCGACUGAUAUCAGAGAACGGUGAAGAACUUUCAAGGGUUGAGUGGGAGUUGCUGUUGGAUAUUUUGCGAGAGAUGAGCAAACAUUUUGUGGUGGACGCACCAGGCAGACCUUGCCAAAUCAGUGGCACGAACGCCAAAUCUUGGAGCGAAUUCGCCGCUCCAUCUCCUUUGUUUUUCGACUUAUUCAAUGAAGUAUUGAUCUCAUUGAAAGAUGUGUGCCUGGAGCAAGCAGGGCCGAUGUCUUUGGCGUUCCUGGAAUUGUUGUUGUCCUUUGGACCUUACCUAACUGAGACGACAGUACUGUCACUUCUGGAACAUGCCUUCGGUGUCUCAUCGUAUGCGGCUUUUUCUGAAAGGGUCGCUAUUAUUUCGCGUAUUCAGUCGGUUUUCUUCUUUCGUGAGCACCGCCAGUCAAUCCGCAUGCGUAUGCUACAGCUGUUGAUUGAUGCAUUUGUCAUGUCCUCGCAGGAAGAGCAGGAGGAGAUUUUCGAGGUCCUGUUGCAGCCCAUUAUGCGGCACCUGCCUCGCGAAGAAGCGCAGUCGCCUGUUUAUUACGAGAUGAUAUCGUGUCUGGCCCGCGUCGCACCAGGAUCUGCAGAGAAGCAUGUUGUUUCAGUCGUAGAAGCUCUCGUACAGUGUGCUUUAAACACCGAGUCGGAUGCCAUCGCAAGUGUACUAAUGCUGGCCGAAUUGCUCUCUGCCAUGGCCACGCAGUCGACCGUUGCCGUAAACCCAGGCACUGGUACCUUGACCGCCGACAUGUCAUUACGCGCUUUGCAUGCGACCCUGGAGAUCUUUGAGCGUUGCGCAAUGGAGCACGGCGGAAAAGGCUGUCUCCUUAUUUUUAAGUACCUUGUCCGGAUACCGACAUUCCAUGCAGCCCCACAUUUCGUUCGGCUGGCAUGCCUCCAGUAUUUGCUAAAAAUGCGUGCCGACGCGCUCUACAGGAUCUUACUUCGACCAACCUCGCGUACUGUUCAAAAGGGUGAGCAGGAGAUGCGGGCGACCAAAGGCUCAUCAGACGAUAGUUCCGGAGAGACAUUCUCCAACACCGACGACCUUGAAAUAUGUUCCUCAUUAUUCUGUUCUGGGAAGCCAAACAAUGAGAUUACCGAUAUGCACGAAAAGUCAGCAGACCCUCAGUCGGCAGAACGAAGCGAGUCAGAUAUAUGCAUUUUGCCGAUUGCCCAGCACACCGCUGCAUUGCUCCUGAUCCUAACAAGGGAGAAGAACUGGGAAAUUUACUCGUUUGUUUUACAGAACCUGGCUACCCAACUGCUGAACCUUCACUUCUUCCAGAACGCUGGACCACAGCUCAGUGUUCUUCGCGCGUUCUUGUGCGAGUUGAUUAUAAAUGAGCGGGCUGCUGCGACAGUCUUGGAUCUACCGCCAUCUGUGCGGAAGUCUGACGUGUAUCUAUCUGCACUGAAGAUGUUGAAUAUCCUUCUAGCCUAUCGACACUUUUUCACGAAACAAGACGAAGAUGAAAUUCUAGCCGCUUUUCAAACCGGCCUGUAUCGAUGGCCGAAUGCGGCAAAAACCUGUAUCCACGCAUUUACAUUGACUCUGCUUGAACUUCCGCAUAGCAUGAUGAAGCUUCUCCCGGGAACUCUUUUGAAAGUGUCCCAGAUGAUGUCGUCUGCUAUGGCGGUCCACAACCUUGAAUUUCUGGCUACGCUAGCCGGGCUACCAAAGCUGCGAGUUAACUUCACCGACGUGGAUAUGAAGAGAGUUUUCGUCAUCGCUCUCCAAUACAUUAACACAACCAAUUCAGCAUCUCCGGCAGCCACAACAUCUGCAUUAUCAUCUUACGUAGUCCAACUGGCCUAUCAGGUUCUGCUUGCAUGGUUCGUCAGUCUGAAGCUUCCAGAGCGGAAGAAGUACGUGCCCUUCAUCAUUCAUUAUCUGUUACUGGGGAAUGACCGCCGGGCAUCCCUUGAUGAGAAUAUCGAGCUGGUUCUCGACAUGCUCAUUCAUCACUCUUUCGCUGACUGCUGGCCAAAACCGGACGAUACGAUGUACCAAGGCAGUAAAAUCAAUAAACAACCAUCGCGCACCUGGGCUCAAGGAAAUUCGCUUUUAACUGUUCAAGUUUCGAAUCAGCCCGGAUGGGCGAAUGUCAUCAUUCGGCGUCCCUCAGGUGUAAUAUCAUUUUCGGUACGAUUAGACAAUCGGCUCAAGUCUGUUACCACUCCGUUAGUGCCACUUUUGGCGCCAGUAGCCUUUGAAAAGAUUUCUCGUGGGCUUCGCGCGUCCCAAAGCAAGCGGGCCGUUGCAAGUGACGAUGGUGCCGGAGCCCAAUCUCUACGGAGGAGCGAUUCCGAUGGUAGCUCGCACCAGCAUGUUCGGAGACAUAUGCGGUCAGUUUCUGUCGCUUCCUUGUCUUCAAUUCCGAACACUAGCGAAUUUCCAAUGGCUAUUGAAACACCUCGAAUGCGCUCAGAAACCGGACUGAGUGCGUCUCCAGCGGAUAGCACCUCUAGUGAAUUCUUCGUGGAAGAAGUUUCUGGUGGACUCCGUAGGGCAAGGUCAACAUCGAUGUCUUCUGUUGUCAUACCUGACGGAAUUGAUAUGAAGACAUCAGUGCCAAGUCCACGAUACGAACGUAACGAAGAAGGUCUCUUAAGUACAUCGCCGUCAGCGCGCGACCUUAAAUCGUCUGCAUUGUCUGCCAUUCGCAACCGAGAGGACCACCAUUUGGUAGAUCCCAGCUUCAUCUUGGCACAGUUUGUAGCCUACCCGAACCUAGCGGCGCGAGAAAAUCUGUAUCUCCUACCAAAUGAUGAAAGCACAAGACGUGCCCUAUCUGUGCUGGAUCGAACGCCCGUCGUUGAUUUACAUAAGAUUGGUGUCGUAUAUGUUGGGCCGGGGCAACAAACUGAGGCGGAGAUACUGGCCAAUGGCCACGGAUCACGCGCAUACGGCUUGUUCCUUCAGUCUCUUGGCCGAUUAGUUCGGCUGAAGGGAUGUCGAGACGUCUAUACUGGAGGGUUAGAUACUUCUGAGGAUCUGGACGGUCGACACGCAAUAUAUGCGCACGACGACCUUUCUCAAAUUAUCUUCCACUGCACGACGCUCAUGCCAACAUCGCCGUACGACCCAUUAUGUACGUCUAAGAAGCGACACAUCGGCAACGAUUUCGUGACAAUCGUGUGGAACGAAAGCGGAAAAGAAUACGCCUUCGACACGAUUCCCGCGCAGUUUAAUUUUGUAAAUAUCAUUAUUGAGCCUGCUGGCAGGCACAAAGAAGACGGAAUUACUACACCGAGCAACAUGCAUGGUGGGCAAGGGCACCAUAUUUCUGAUCGAUGUAAAACAUAUCAAAGGGAAUUCUUUAAAGUAGUUGCCAAGCUACGACCAGAUAUGCCGGAGAUUGGUCCCCUGUCGGAACCGAAACUCGUCACUGGGGCGUCUUUGGCACCGUUUGUCCGUCAGUCAGCUGUACACACCAACAUAUUUUCACAGAUCUUUCUGCAAAGCGGAAACGCAAAUCACCACACAUCAAAUGCUCGAGAAAGACUUCGCCAAAUCAAGAGGAUCAAAGAACGGGCAGAGGGGAGUGCCUCGGCUGCGCCUGCUGCUGGCGGGGCUGACGGGGGAGAAAAAGGAGGAGGUUCCGGUGGGGAUUUUAAUGUUGGAGGAAGGAACGUGACAACCGGAGGUUGGGAGAGCCUGCUAGAUUUCACACGGUUUAUAUAGCAGUUUCUGUGACUAAAGUUAGCUAGGUAGUCUUAAAUGGUUGUAUAGGUGUAAAUUUGUGGCUGCAUUCUUGGUUAAUAUGAUGGCAUCCUCUCAUGCUGACUGAGA